AUGGUUAUGGAUCGUCUGGGGCCAUCGCUCAGUUGUGUUCAAAAGUCGCACUUAGACGGAAUAGCAAUGCGAGACAUCAUCAAUGUUGGCAUUCAAGUGAUUCUCCGUCUCAAAGACUUGCACGGCCUUGGAAUUGUGCAUUGUAAUAUCACACCAUCUAAUAUUGUGGCCAUGUCGCCUGCUUUUCAGGGUUGGGGUAUCAUAGAUUUUGGGAAUAGCCGCCUAUAUCUUGAAAAGAAAGGACACCUUCCUUUCCUCUACAAAUUCGCUUCCUGGCCUGUGGGAUGUUACAGCUCCGUUCACGCGCACAUGGGGUGUACGCCAUGCAGAAGGGACGAUCUGGAAUCUCUUGCAUAUGUUCUUCUUCAUCUUAUGGAAGGUACACUGCCUUGGCUCCAUCUAGAUGCUCUCACUCCAGAACAUAGGAAUUUGUGGAUAUCGAUGAAAUCAAGGAUUCUUGAGACAGAAAUGAUGAGAAAAGCUCCGCGCGCUUUCUACAAGUUUGUCGAGGUAAUUAUGAGCAUGGAACCCACCUCAGACCCUCCCUAUGAAUCCUUGAUUGGUUUUUUGAAAGAAAUGGGACAAGAAUACGUGAGAUGGCAUGAGGGUGCAAAUGAGUUGGCCCUCGCGUUUGAGCAAGGUCUAACCUUCUAG